AUGGCUCCUCCUCCUUACCCCUUACCUUCACUUCCAUUUCUACUACUCAUCCUCACCGUUCUUGGUCUUCCACGGUCAUCAUCUACGUUGAUGCCAGGCUUCCGUCGCCAGCAACUGGAAACUGGGUUCCAGGUCGGCCUAAGACAUAUUGAUGCUGGUCGUAACUUCACGAAACUUCAACUCAUCCAAAGAGGAAUCGACCGCGGGAGGCAGCGGCUGCAGAGGAUGAGUGGAAUGGCAACAACUGCAGAGCGUAACGAUUUCCAAGCCCCGGUUCAUGCUGGAGAUGGAGAGUUCGUAGUGAACUUAAUGAUCGGAACACCCCCUGUGCCUUUCCCGGCGAUAAUGGAUACGGGAAGCGACUUGAUAUGGACGCAGUGCAAUCCAUGCAAGUUGUGUUUCCAGCAAUCGACGCCCGUUUUCAAUCCGAAGCGGUCUUCCACCUUCUCUAAUAUUUCAUGUUCCAGUAAAUUAUGCGAGGGUGUAAAGCCUUCCAAGUGUGAUAAAUCUUGCGAGUAUAGAUAUACUUAUGGAGACGAGUCGUCCACGGAAGGCUUCAUGGCAAUGGACACUAUCACUUUUGGGGAGUUACCGAAACGAGUUUCAAUCCCUCGUAUCGGGUUCGGGUGUGGGGUUAACAACCGGGCUACAGGGAUGGAUCAGACUGCAGGGCUGCUGGGUCUCGGGCGGGGAGUUCUGUCGCUAGUUUCACAGCUUAGUACACAAAAAUUCUCGUAUUGUUUAACCUCCAUUCACGAGAAUAAAACGAGCAGUCUUUUGUUUGGAUCUCUAGCUUAUUCGAACUUCAACCCUGGAAAAAUUCCAAGGACCCCAUUGAUUCAAAACCCAUUCCUGCCAUCCUAUUACUAUCUGUCUCUUAAAGGCAUUACAGUCGGCUACACUCUUUUACCCAUACCCGAUUUCGCAUUCCAAUUGGGAAAGGAUGGGAGCGGCGGCAUGAUCCUAGAUUCUGGGACAACUAUAACUUAUUUACAGGAGGAUGCUUUUGAUGUGCUAAAGAAUGCCUUCAUCUCCCAAACGGAGCUUCAGGUUGCCAAUUCCAGCACCACCGGACUUGACCUUUGCUUUCAUUUGCCAGUGAAAAAUGCAGCAGAGGUCAAGGUGCCAAAGCUGAUCUUUCACUUCAAGGGGUUAGAUUUAGCGCUGCCAGUGGAGAAUUAUAUGGUAUCAGAUCCUGACAUGGGAUUGAUAUGCUUGGCCAUUGAUGCCACGGGCAGUCCAUCAAUAUUUGGGAACAUUCAGCAGCAGAACAUGUUGGUCCUCCAUGAUCUUAAGAAGUCGACUUUAUCCUUAGUUCCCACCCAAUGUGAUAAGGUGUAAGCCAGUUUGAACGUCCAGCUAUAUGGUGUUCAUGAGUGGCUGCUCUGAUUUCAAGUUCCAUUAGACGUAGAGAGAAAAGUUCCCAUAUUUCUUCUGCAAUGGAAUUAGCAUUUGCUAAACCAGUAUUGUCUCAUAGGUAUUACAAUAUAACACAUUUUACCUUGUAUUGUUUGCGUUAA